AUGGAUCCCCCCCCAAUCAUUAUUUCCGACCAAUGCGCAGAGAUAGUCAAAAUUGUGAAUGUGAUCUAUGGCCGCUUGGCUCGAGUGGUGGCCCUGAAAUCGGAGCUGAAAGAGGCCUUCGUUGAUUUGCAUGACAUACUUAUGCAGGCCUACCAAAAUGAUUAUAUGGGAGUGCUGUGUCGAGGCUCCCUACAUUUUGUUUCGUGCCUUGUAUCAAGGGCGUGGCACGAACAGAUUGAGAGCUUGCCGGUAGUUGAAAUAGCCCAUCUGCAUCUUUGCAACGCCCUCGAGCUCUUCUAUCAAUGUGGCUUGUGCAAACUUCUGGCCUCUCUUUCAACAAAGCAACAGAGUGCCGCGGCUAUAAGGGCGGAUAUCGUUGCACAGGUGUAUGCGCAGGAAGCUCGAAUUGGCCGUAUUGAAACAGACCUAGACUGGGUCAUGGUCCUCCAACAGCACCUGCACCUUCUCAAGACAUGGCGGGUAUUGGGCGCAUGA